UCUGGAUAUGGGUAUAUUAUUAGACUGCAGUUCGGUUAUUGUGGCAUUUUGGAUUCGAAAAUAGAAAGUUUUCACUUUGUGUUGGUUAAUUUAUCUUAAUCGUGUGAAAUUUAAAUACUUAAUUAAUUACCCUAAUCUAAUUUAUUGAGGAUAAAUUAUCCGGCUGUGAUUUAUUCUUUUUUCCUGCUGGGCUAUUUUUUCGACACUGCAUAAUUCUAGAGUAUAGUAGUAGUACUAUUAGUUUUUGUUGAGAUAUUAAAUGGCUGGAAGGUGACCCACGGCUUUGCAUAUUUUGAAAACAUAGUACUCCUACUGUUAAUUGAGAUGAUGGUUGGAAGUUCCAUGGCAACUCCUACAUCUGGACUGAAUUCCACUAGCCCUGCUCCAUCUCAACUAACCAUCUUCUAUGAUGGACACGUUUGUGUGUUUGACGCAAUUCCUGUGGAAAAGGUGCGGGAGAUUAUGCUUAUUGCCGCAACUGCUGCUGCUGGUGCUGCUAACUCUGUUGACAUGAAGAAAGUUGCAACUGAUUGUGCCACCACCUCACCUGUUCUUACGAGGUCUCCUUCGCUUCAAAGUACUGCUACUGCAACUGCUCUGGCUUCACCACAGGCACAGGUGUACCCUAUUAACAGGACCCCUUUCUGCAAACUGAAAGAACUACCAAUUGCAAGGAGACACUCCCUUCAGCGAUUUUUUGAGAAGCGGCGGGACAGGCUGGUGAACAGGAAUCCAUAUCCUAAUCCAUCAACACCAAAAUCAUUUGAUGACACCAAAGCUAACCUCAGUGCUGCAACUUCACCAGAAUCGGGUUGCUUUGGUAAAUCGCCUGUUGCUCAAGAAGAAUUCCAUCCAAAAGCUCCAGCUCAUGUUGCAUAAGUUAAGCAUAUACGAAUCCCUAUAUAUAUUUGAUAAAAACUAAACUAGCUGUGUUAUUAUUGUGAAAUGCAAACUGAACUAGGAUAAUGACUUUGAUCUGUCGGUGGAGUUGAUGUUGUUUGCAAGUGUACAACUUAAAGUAGGUCUCAUGGUAGGUAUUGCUAUUGUUUGCCAUGAGAGUGUUGUCUAAAUGUAGAGUCAAUUCUCUUGUUCUCCUACUGCCUCUAGGGGGCUGUUGUGAUGUCUUUUAAACCUGGGCACCAUGUCUAUAAUCUUUCUGACAAUUAACAAA